AUGACGACCCCGUCUUCUGGGAGCACCGCUGGUGAAUACGUGGAUGAGCGUUCACCUUCGCUCGCCUCUGCUCCUGCUAAGGUUAACAGUAUGGACGCGGGCCUUCUGGCCGCUGUGUCACAAUAUGUCCUAUUGUGGUUGAGGACAGAGGAGAGACUUUCACCUCGGACCUCCACACCACCGCACUCCUCCUCCUCACCUCCGUCCAUCGCCCUUUUCUCCUCCUCUGGAAUACAAUCCUCCAUCAUUUGGUCUUACCGGGUGGGGGCCCUGCUGUGUUUCCAUGGCGAUGAGUUUGAAGGCUGUUUGGUGGAUCUAGGCUGUGUCCCCUGGAGGAAACAAGAAGUACCCAUCAUGUUGGUGAAAGUGGCUCCGUUAGUCCCCUCCCCAACCCCCAGUUUAGCUCCGCCCACCAUUAUUUUACAGGACAUGGGGGAGGAGCCAGGAGAGGGGGGAGAGGAGGACAGGUGUCAACAGCCAGGACCCGGACUCCUCUUCAAUGUAAAUAACAGCAACAACAACGAAGAAGAAGAAGAGGAGAAGAAGAGGAAGAAGAAAGAGAAGAAAGAGAGGAAGGAGAAGAAGGAGAAGGAGAAGAGGGAGAGGAAGGAGCAGAAACAGAAGGAAAAAGAGGAGAUGGAGAGGAAGAAGGAGGAGGAGAAGAAAAAAGAGGAAGAGAAGAAGAAGGAAGAGGAGAAGAAGAAGGAGGAGAUUCAGAAGGAGAUCACAGUGUUUGAUCCAGCCAGUAACACCUACUAUCACUGGCUGUUUGUCAUCACCAUGCCUGUUCUCUACAACUGGACCCUCAUCAUAGCAAGGGCGUGUUUUGAAGAGUUACAGACGGAUUAUCUGAUGUACUGGUUUUUCACGGACUACGCCUCAGAUCUAAUCUACAUCGCUGACAUGGUCUUCAGAACCAGGACCGGUUAUCUUGAACAGGGUCUGUUGGUGAAGGAUGAAAAGAAGCUUCGUGAUCGCUACAUCCAGAGCUUCCAGUUUAAACUGGAUCUGAUUUCCAUGAUUCCCACUGAUGUCUUUUACGCCUAUUUUGGAUUCAACUACCCUGAGAUACGACUCAAUAAACUGUUUAGAUUCAACAGGAUGUUGGAGUUUUUCCAGCGGACAGAGACUCGGACAAACUACCCCAACCUGCUGCGGAUCUCCAACCUUGUCAUGUACAUUGUCAUCAUCAUCCACUGGAAUGCAUGUCUGUACUUUUCCUUCUCCAAAGCCAUCGGUUUUGGGUCAGACAGGUUUGUGUAUCCUGACCCAACGGAUCCAGAGUUUGGUCGUCUGGUCAGGAAGUAUGCCUACAGUAUGUACUGGUCCACGCUGACCCUCACCACCAUCGGCGAAACACCACCGCCUGUGGAGAACUCCGAGUACUUCUUUGUGGUCACUGAUUUCCUGGUUGGUGUGUUAAUCUUUGCUACAAUUGUCGGUAAUGUUGGCUCUAUGAUCACCAACAUGAACGCUGCCAGGGCCGACUUCCAGGCCCGCAUUGACGCCAUCAAACAGUACAUGAGCUUCCGAAAGGUGACUACAGACUUGGAGAAGCGGGUCAUUAAGUGGUUUGAUUACCUGUGGACUAAUAAGAAGGCGGUGGAUGAGCGAGAGGUGCUGAAGUUCCUUCCUGACAAACUCAGAGCAGAGAUAGCGAUCAACGUCCACCUGGAGACACUGAAGAAGGUUCGUAUCUUUGCGGACUGUGAGGCAGGUCUGUUGGUGGAGCUGGUGCUGAAGCUGCAGCCGCAGGUCUACAGUCCAGGAGACUACAUCUGUAAGAAAGGAGACAUUGGCAGGGAGAUGUACAUCAUCAAGGAGGGGAAGCUCGCCGUGGUCGCCGAUGACGGAAUCAAACAGUUCGUGGUUCUGAGUGAUGGAAGCUACUUUGGCGAGAUCAGUAUUCUGGCUAUUAAAGGAAGUAAGGCUGGAAAUAGAAGGACCGCUAACAUCAGGAGUAUUGGUUACUCCGACCUGUUCUGUCUUUCUAAAGAUGACCUGAUGGAGGCGCUAACAGAGUAUCCAGAUGCUAAAGCCAUGCUGGAGGAGAAGGGGCGGCAGAUUUUGAUGAAAGAUGGACUGCUGGACCUGGAGGUGGCAGCGCAGGGUCCCGACCCUAAAGACAUGGAGGAGAAGGUGGACAGGAUGACCGGCACCCUGGACGUCCUGCAGACGCGCUACGCUAGGCUGUUAGCCCAACACGAAGCCACUCAGAGCAAACUCAAACACAGGCUCACUAAACUGGAGAAGAAAUUUGCUCCUCCCAUACUUCCUGUCGAGGCCCCGCCCCCCGAAACUGAAACGACAAAGGAGGAAGAGAAGAAGUAG